AUGAAGCAAGUGGAUGCAUUUAAUGAAAUAGGGCUUUCUAGUGAUUCUAAACACCCCUUAGCCAGGGUCUGCAAGGCACGCCAUUGCUGCACCGGCGCGGUCUUCGCGCUCAAGCUGUCGUUCGACUCGGACCCGCUCAUCGUGGAGGUGGAGGCCGAGGUGCUCCACCGCGCUGCAGGGGCGCCGCACGUCGUCGACUUCGACGCCCUGCUCCGCGGGCCCGGCGGCAAGGGUGCUUUCGUGCUGGAGUACAUGGACGCCGGGUCUCUCGGCGAUCUCCUGCGGCGGCGCGGGGGGCUAGGAAUCCCGGAGGCAGCCGUCGCCGAGGUGGCCGCGCACUGCGUCGUGGGGCUGGCUCAGCUCCACUCCUGCGGCGUCGCGCGCCUCGAUGUGAAGCCCGACAACCUCCUCGCCAACACCCGCGGGGAAAUCAAGAUCAGCGAUUUCAACCUUUCCAGGAUCCUCUACGGCGGCUCCGGCGAGCGCCUCCAGGUCCCCAUCACCGACGGCACUAGGAUGUACUUGAGCCCCGAGCGGUUCGCGCCCAAUGCCCGCGCCGGUACCUGA